UGUGCCCGCCCCUCUGGCCGGUCUAUAUGGUCGCGCCCCGCUGGGCUGCGGCGGGCGGGUGGAGGUGUGCGCCUGUCUUGGGAACAUGGACUUCGCCCGCCUCUGGCUAGGGCUGCUCCUGCGGUCGGUGGCCGCUCUGGAUUUCGGCUACCACCACCAGGAAGAGAUGGAAGCGUUUUUGAAAAAUAUUGCCCAAGACUACAGUUCCAUCACUCACUUACACAGUAUUGGGAAGUCUGUGGAAGGCAGAAACCUGUGGGUUCUUGUUGUGGGUCGCUCACCAAAGGAACACAGAAUCGGGAUCCCGGAGUUUAAAUACGUGGCCAACAUGCAUGGAGAUGAGACUGUAGGGCGGGAACUGUUGCUCCAUUUAAUUGAGCAUCUUGUGACCAGUGAUGGAAAAGACCUUGAAAUCACAAAUCUAAUCAACAGUACCCGAAUACACAUCAUGCCUUCAAUGAACCCAGACGGGUUCGAAGCUGUCCGAAAGCCUGACUGUUCAUACAGUGAAGGAAGGGAAAAUGCUAACCACUAUGACCUGAAUAGAAAUUUCCCCGAUGCAUUUGAAGACAACAAUGUGACGAGGCAGCCUGAGACCGCGUCGGUCAUGGAGUGGCUGCACAGGGAGACAUUCGUCCUCUCUGCCAACCUCCACGGCGGCGCACUGGUGGCCAGCUACCCGCUGGACAAUGGUGUCCCGGCAACUGGGACAUUACACUACCGUAGCUUAACCCUUGAUGAUGACGUUUUUCAAUACCUUGCACAUACCUACGCUUCACAAAAUGUCAACAUGAAGAAAGGAAAUGAGUGUAAAACUGUGAACUCUCAUAAUGGAAUUAUCAAUGGAUACUCUUGGUAUCCCCUCAAAGGUGGAAUGCAAGAUUACAACUACAUCUGGGCCCAGUGUUUUGAAAUCACAUUGGAGCUGUCAUGCUGUAAAUAUCCUCGUGAGGAGGAGCUUCCAAUCUACUGGAAUGAAAACAAAGCCUCAUUAAUUGAAUAUAUAAAACAGGUGCACCUAGGUGUAAAGGGUCAAGUUUUUGAUCGGAAUGGAAAUCCAUUACCCAAUGUAAUUGUAGAAGUCCAAGACAGAAAACACAUCUGCCCCUAUAGAACCAACAAAUUUGGAGAGUAUUAUCUCCUCCUUUUGCCUGGGUCCUAUAAAAUAAAUGUAAGUUACAGUCCCUGGACAGCAUCCAUACCUCACAGAGGUAACUAUUCAAAAAAAAUCCCAGAAAUUCAGUGCUUUCAAAAAGGAUAUUUUACUUCGAUUCAGAGGACAACUGGAUUCUACCACAGUAUUGAAUCCUUCAUGUCCUACGAUUCCUCUAUAUGGUGAUUCGCCAAACCACUCCAUUGCAACAAAGCCUAGUUUGUUCUUAUUUUUAGUGACUCUUUUCUACAUAUUUUUCAAAUGAA